AUGCCCAAGAAUGCAGUGGUCAUCUUACGUUAUGGGCCUUACAGUGCAGUAGGACUGUCCGUGGAGCACCGCACCUUCCGCCUGGAAGGCCUGUACACUGUCCUGACUGAAGAUGGACACCAGGUAAUCCUAGAGAAGGUAGAAGACUGGAAUGUGGUAGAACUCAUGGUGAAUGAAGAAGCCGUCUUCCGGUGCAACAUCAAAGACUUGGAGUUUGGAGGCGAUGGUAAACUAGACCCGCUGUGCAAAAAGGCCAGGCAAGCCGUGCUAAACGCCUACUGA